AUGGUCGCAUCGAAUGAUAAUAAGCAAUCAACACCCUAUGAACUAUUUAUGAAUGUUAGUAAUGAACCUUUAAUCAUGUUGACACCUAUAAAAGGUUAUAAUAAAAUGCCCUUCGUUUCACUUGAAACAGCUGUAGAAUCUCUUGUUCCGUUCAUUCCUGAAGUAGAACAAAUGGCUUAUACAGCAAAACAACGAUGCAAGAAACUCCUACCAGAUGAACUUUCUCUAGAUAAAUCAGCUGCCAUUAUGCUAUUUGCGCACUUGAAUGGAAACCAAAAGAAGAAAAAAUUGAAACGAGCUAUAUCUCAUCCAUUAGGAAUUGAAGAUUAUUGUUGUGGAUCAGAUCCAAUAACUCAUAAAAAAAUUAGAGAGGAAAAUACAGAUGAAACAUCCUGUAACAUGGCACAAGUUGAAUCAACAUCUACAAGUUCUUUAUCAACAUAA